AUGUCAGCACCGCAGUCACGAUUCUUCUAUGGAGGUAGCGACAGCGACUCCAGCUCCUCGGACGAGGGAGAGGAUGUCUACGACCACUCCGAUAACAGCGAUUCCGAAGAGUCUAGCGACGAUGACCAAUCCGUGUCCGGGUCCGACUCGGAUUCCGAUGAUGACAUCGCCAACCAGUUCUUGAAAGGAUCUGACAGCGAAGAAAGCGAAGAUGAGGACAAAGUGACAAUUGUCAAGAGUGCCAAGGACAAGCGAUUGGACGGUCUGGAAAACACCAUCCGUCUCAUCGAAAAUGCGCAGAAGAUUGGCGACUGGGCUGUCAUUUCUACUGAGUUCGACAGCUUGAACCGCCAAAUCAUCAAGAUUACCCAGUCUGGCCCAACCCCUAAGCUCUAUGUCAAGGCCGUCGCUGACCUCGAGGACUUUGUCAACGAGGCCGUCUCCAAACAAAAGGCCUCGAACAAGAAGAUGAACGCCAGCAACCAAAAGGGAUUCAAUGCAGUUAAACAGCGCAUCAAGAAGAACAACAAGGACUACGCCACUCAGAUUGAGAAGUACCGCGCGGCCAAGGAAGAAUUCAUGAAGAGUGAGGAGGAGGUCGAGAAGCCCGCAGCUCCCGCUCCCAAGCCCACUAAGGUCGAGAAGAUCGAGAACUUUUCUCAGGCUCUCGCUGCAGGUGCUGACGACGAUGGAUUUGCGACCGUUGGACGUGGUGGCAAGGCCCUGCAGUACACCCCUGAGAGCAUUCUCAAGCAUCUGCGUUCUAUUGUUGAGUCGCGUGGAAAGAAGAACACCGACCGUUUGGAGCAAAUUCGGACCAUGGAGAAGCUUCUCGAGGUCGCCCAGUCUCCCUACCAACGUAUUCGUAUCUUCAUGACCGUCAUUUCCACUCGUUUCGACCUUACCGCCUCUUCUUCCGCCAACUACAUGGGCGCCGACCAAUGGAAGCAAGCCAACCAGGAAUUCGGUAACCUUUUGUCCGUUCUUGAGGAAAACCGCAACUUCAUCAUCAGCGAGGGUGCUGAUGAGUGGGAGGAUGAUGAGAAGCAACCCACAGUCGCCGCUGGGGAGACCUUCUAUAUUCCCGGCAGUAUUGUCUCAUACAUUGAGCGCCUGGAUGAUGAACUUACCCGCUCCCUGCAGCAAAUCGAUCCCCACACUGCUGAGUACAUCGAGCGUUUGAGCGAUGAGCAACAGCUUUACAACAACAUUACCCGCACUCAGCUUUACGCCGAGAGCCUCAACACUGGCGACAAGAACGAUAGUCGUCAGGACAGUGUCAACCGCGUGGUCAUCCGUCGGUUGGAGCACGUCUACUUCAAGCCCUCUCAGGUGGUCGCCAUUCUGGAGGACGCCACAUGGAAGGCUCUUCCUGAGCAGCUUGAGUCUGCUAUCACUCCCCGCGCUAAAGCUAGUGAUGUGUCUGCCCUCAUCCAGACCGUCUGCAACUACCUAUUUGAGAACAGCGAUGGUAUCAUCCGCGCCCGCUCUUUGCUCUGCCAGAUCUACUUCCUUGCUCUGCAUGACCAAUACUACCGUUCUCGCGACUUGAUGCUCAUGUCGCACCUCUCCGAGAAUAUCUCCAACUUCGACGUUAGCACCCAGAUCCUCUUCAACCGCACCCUUGUUCAGAUCGGUCUUUGCGCUUUCCGUGCUGGCCUCAUCUACGAAGCUCAGACCACCCUUGGUGAUAUCUGCGGCAGCGGCCGCCAAAAGGAGUUGCUCGCCCAGGGCAUCAUCCUCCAGCGGUACUCCACUGUUACUCCCGAGCAAGAGCGCCUGGAGCGCCAGCGCCAGCUGCCAUUCCACAUGCACAUCAACCUUGAGCUUCUCGAGUGUAUCUACUUGACCUCCAGCAUGUUCCUCGAGGUCCCCCUCAUGGCCCAGACCUCUUCCGCCCCCGAGAUGCGCCGCCGUAUGAUUUCCAAGACCUUCCGCCGCAUGCUCGACUACAACGAGCGCCAGGUGUUCACCGGUCCCCCCGAGAACACCCGUGACGGUGUCAUUAUGAGUGCUAAAUUCCUGGCCGCAGGAGACUGGAAGAAGGCCGCUGAGAUGCUGGCCUCCAUCAAGAUCUGGGACCUGAUGCCCCAGCCCGAGCAGAUCAAGGAGAUGCUUUCCCAGCAGGCCCAGGAGGAGGGCCUGCGCACCUACCUCUUCACCUACGCGCCCUUCUACGACAGUCUCUCCAUCUCCUCGCUGGCCGACAUGUUCGAGCUGCCAAUCAAGAAGAUCUCCGCCAUUAUCAGUCGCAUGAUUUCCCAUGAGGAACUUGGCGCCGCCCUGGACCAGGUCAACGACUCCAUCGUCUUCCGCAAGGGCGUCGAGCUCUCCCGCUUGCAGUCCCAGAUCGUCACCUUGGCCGACAAGUCCAUGGGUCUGCUCGAGUCUAAUGAGAAGACCCUCGAGCAGCGCACCCAAGGAAUGGCCAACGCUUUCCAGCGCGAGUCAGGCCCUGGUGCCCGUGGAGGACGUGGCGGCCGCGGCGGUCGUGGAGCCCACCAAGGCCGUGGUGGUGCACGAUUCCCCGGUGGCCAGGAGGGCCGGAGACCCGGUGGUCAGCAGUUUGGCGGUGGUGCAUUGGGUGGUGCCAUCAAGGCUUAA